AUGGGACAAGCUGGGAAAGCAACAACCCUCCAGACCUCGCCUGGACAACCCUUGUCAGUCCCCACCCGCAAGUACGCCACACUUCCCCUUGCCAGUCUCCACCAAGCAGCCAUGUCACAGCCAGCGGCGCCAUUCAUUCAACCCGCCAGGUUCUCUGCUCCCGCGGGUGAAUCUGUGUUGCCUGUCCAGUGCAAGACUUACUGGAUCACCACUACCACCGUCCAGCCGCACACGCAAGCCACGCCCUCACAACGUCGCACGGAGCUGCUCGGCUUCCCCUCCUGUCCGCAGAAGAGUCCAAGCUUGUCCCCCAGCCAGCAGCAGAAGAACACCCCAACAUCCUCUUCCUCCCGCCAAUCCUCUUCCUCUCGCCAAUCGUCUUCCUCUCGCCAAUCGUCUUCCUCCCGCCAAUCCUCUCCACCCCGCCUCCCCCCCUCUGCUUCUUUCGCCCCCGACCUCUUGCCCGAUCCCUCCCCUGCUAACUACCUUCCCCCGCUUGCUUCCAAGCCGCCGUUGACUCCCGCACGCCGAGAGUCAGAUACAAUCCGUGCGGCCCUGGGGUCAUGGAAUAUCCGGUCAUUUUUUCGGAUCAGGCUUCCCCCUCAAUCGUUCACCCAGGCCUCCAAAACCUGCUUCUUCAUCUCUGCUUCCAACUGGACCAUUGUCCCGGGAAAGAUCAAGAACCGGAUCGCCUACUGGUCCGGCUCCGAAGACUUGAUUGUCCGCGAGCUCUCGGCCCAGUUUGUCCACCUCAAGCGCGCCACCCAGUCCGACAUCGCCCAACAACCAAGGGCAACAGAAGAACGGCAGAAGGCAUUUGGCCUGCCACUCCAACGAGCUCGCCCAUCGUCGAUUCCGGUCAAACGGCUGCUGGGACAGCCUGUUCAUGACAGCUUGGACAAGCUCAAGGAUCCGUAUAUCCUCUCAACUCUUCUGCGCUCCGUCAAUUGCCCCAAGGAGCUCAUCAAGCGUUUUCAAGUCUCACAGCACGAGUUGCUCCGCUCAAUCAAAUUAUCUUCCCGAGGGACCCAACCAGCCCAUGAGCUCAUCGGAGUUCCACGAGCUGCUCCCAAGCCAGCCCUGCAAGCUGUUGCUUUGGAGGACCGGACUGAUUCUCUUCUAGGCCAAAUAUGUGGUCGGAUAGAUGCUCAAUUCAACCCGAGCCUGACUGAGCGCGACAACACCUUGUGCGGCGGCCGGCUCAAGGCCCAUUGCCACAUGUGGCGCCAGGCGGUCGGCCUCCACGUCAUCCUGAACCCUCUCCUGCUCUCUCCCCCUGCACUGGCUGUCGACUUUGGCCUGGUCCUCGAGCUCAUCGACGGCGCGCUGGCCCGGCUCGGCCCCGACAUCCUCCGAUCCCGGUCCUGGCAACUGAUCCUCCUCUCCACCCUAUGGACUGGCCAUGCCGGCCUCGAGCGCCCCUUCCACCUAGACACGCGCUGUGACAUCGGCCUGGAGAUGAUAGAGCGCGUCCUGUUCCUCAAGGACGAUCUAGAUUGGGCCGACAAGAAGAGGGAUUUCCCCGCCCCGUUUUACCUGCCAAUCGAACAAGACCGGCGGGUAGAGGAGGCCUUUGAGCGCAUCUUCGAGCGCGUCCAGACCAUGAACCGUUUCCUGGAAGCCAAUGGAAGUCCUCGCCGGUUCAGGGACCGUCGCCUGAUGCGUCUCAUCUUCCUCAGCGUCCAGAAACGUACCACCCAACCCACCCACUCUCAUCACCACCAUCUCCAGGAACAAUACCCCUCUCCACAGGCAUUCGCUGAUCCGAUUAGCGCCCGGCUCGAGUAG